AUGUCUUCUUUCGCUCCUCGUGGACGUGGUGGAUUUGGUGGUGACCGCGGCGGUGGCCGUGGUGGUGGUCGAGGUUUGUUCAGUCCAGUCCAUCCGAAGCAGCAAGCAUGCAGGUCCAAAGUCUCGCUGGUGGUUUCGGCGACCGUGGUGGCCGUGGAGGUGGUCGUGGUGGCUUCGGCGAUCGUGGUGGCCGUGGAGGUGGCCGUGGUGGCUUCGGCGAUCGUGGCGGUCGUGGAGGUGGCCGUGGUGCCCCCCCGUGGUGGUCGCGGUGCUCCUCGUGGUGGCCGUGGUGCUCCCCGCGGUGGCGGCGGUGCUCGUGGUGGUGCCAAGGUUGUCAUUGAGCCUCACCGUCACGCCGGUAUCUUCGUCGCUCGCGGCGGUAAGGAGGACAUGCUUGUGACCAAGAACCUUACACCUGGAACUGCCGUCUACGGCGAGAAGCGCAUCUCCGUUGAGGGCCCCUCAACUGAGGAUGGUACCGUCACUAAGAACGAGUUCCGUGUCUGGAACCCCUUCCGUUCUAAGUUGGCUGCUGGUGUUUUGGGUGGUCUUGAUGACAUCUACAUGAAGCCCGGCUCCAAGGUUCUCUACAUUGGUGCUGCCUCCGGUACCUCCGUUUCUCACGUCGCUGAUAUUGUCGGACCCACUGGUAACGUCUACGCCGUCGAGUUCUCUCACCGCUCUGGCCGUGAUCUGAUCGGCAUGGCCACUCACCGUACCAACGUCAUCCCUAUCGUUGAGGAUGCCCGUCACCCUCUCCGUUACCGUAUGCUCGUGCCCAUGGUUGAUGUCAUCUUCGCCGAUGUUGCCCAGCCCGAUCAGGCCCGUAUUGUUGGAUUGAACGCCCACAUGUUCCUCAAGGCUGAGGGUGGUGUCAUUGUCUCCAUCAAGGCCAACUGUAUUGACAGCACAGCCAAGCCCGAGGUUGUGUUCGCUAAGGAGGUCCAGAAGAUGCGUGAGGAGAAGAUUAAGCCCAAGGAGCAGCUGACUCUCGAGCCUUUCGAGCGUGACCACUGCAUUGUCGCUGGUGUCUACAAGCGUACCGCCGCAUAA